AUGGCGAUUGGCGGUCUUCUCCCUCCUACCCCGCCCUUUUUCCUGCUCCCCUCAGGCCGCCAUGAUGGCGGCGGCGACCCCGCGGCUGCGGCCGCUGCUGCGCGCCCUGAGGGCUCAGAGGUUGCGGGGUCCCGUGUGGUGCUGCGGAGCCCCGGCCGUGAGGGGGGUGGCGAGCGACGCAGGGCAGCACCCUCUGGCCCCGCCCCCUCUGGCCCCGCCCCCCGGCGCGGAGCCGGCCCGCUAUUGGCCGUGUCCGCGGAGGGGGCGGAGCCGGGCCCGCUAUUGGCUGUGUUCCCGGAGGGGGCGGAGCCGGCCCCGCUAUUGGCUGUUUCCCCGGAGGGGGCGGAGCCGCGGCUGGCGGAGCUGGGGCUGGGCGGGGCCGGCCCCGUGGGGCUGAUCCAGAGCGCGCUGGAGGCGCUGCACGCCGACCUGGGGCUGCCCUGGUGGGGCGCCAUCGCCGCCGGCACGGUGGGCGCGCGGGUGCUGCUGCUGCCGCUGGUGCUGCGCGGGCAGCGCGAGGCCGCCCGGCUCGCCCGGCACCUCCCGACGCUGCAGCGCGCUGCGCUGCGGGCCGACGCCAAACGGGGAACCGACCCCAACCGGGUGGCCGUGGCGUACUCGGAGCUGGUGUCGUACCAGCGGCAGCACAACGUGAACCCGCUCCGCGGCUUCCUGGUGCCCCUCGUGCAGACCCCCCUGUUUGUGUCGUUUUUCCUGGCCCUGCAGGGGAUGGCGGCGGCGCCGGUGCCGGGGCUGCUGCAGGGGGGGCUGGGCUGGUUCCCCAACUUGGCCGCCCCCGACCCUUUCUACAUCCUGCCCGUGCUGGUCACCGCCUCCACCUGGCUCGUGCUCGAGCUCGGGGCGGAGACGGGCGUGUCGGCGCCGGGGGCGGGGCCUGUCCGUCAAAUCCUGAGGCUCCUCCCCCUCGUCUUCCUGCCAUUCAUCAUUCACUUCCCCACCGCGAUCUUCACCUAUUGGCUGACGUCCAACAGCUUCAGCCUGCUGCAGACGGGGCUGCUGCGAGUCCCCGCCCUCCGGGCCAGGCUGGGCGUGGCCCCGCCCCCGGCUCCGCCCCCGGCCACGCCCACCGGCCCCGCCCCCAAGAGCAAGGGCGGCAUCCUGAGGCAGCUGAGAAAAGAGUGGCGCGAGGCCCAGGCCACGCACGAGGCCGAGCAGCGCCGCUGGCGCCUCCGCAACCACCUCACGCUGGCGGCCAAAGGUCCUCUCCGCCAAACGUUCGCCCAGAACCCCCUGAACCCCAAGAUGGCGCCCUCAGAGCCGCCAAAAAGGCCCUGGAAGGACACGCUGGGCUGAGGCGGGAAGGGGGCGACCCCCAGGAAAUAAAAUGCGCGAAAAAAA